UUGUGUUUACUAUGAAACUCAGUGAUCAGUGAACGAAGUAAGAAUACUAGUGACGUUACUCUUAUCUUAACUUCUUAAAGGCGAGUUCUUAAACCAGCUCUUGACUACAAUGGGCGACGUGUUAGACGCUCGGAGAAGGGCUUUGGUGGACCAAAUUCGACAACAGUGUUUAAAAAAGGGAUGCGGGGGUAUAAAGCAACUGUCGACAAUGUUUCGUAGAAUGGACUAUGAUUUUUCUAAGUGUAUUUGCUAUCGAGAGUUAAAUAUGGGUGUGAAAGCUUACGGACUAAAUAUAUCAGAUGAGGACCUUCAUUUGGUGUUCGACUUAUUAGACAGGGAUAAAAAUGGUUCUAUUGACUUCUGUGAAUUUAUGCAGCACCUCCGACCACCUAUGACGGAACAAAGAAUUCGAGUGAUAAACGAAGCCUUUGAUAAACUUGAUGUGGAUAAAAAUGGUCAAAUUGAAGUGGAUGAUCUCAGAGUGGUCUAUGCAGGAAAUGUGAAGCGACACCCAAAAUAUAUUUCCGGAGAAUGGACGGAAGAGGAAGCCUUAAGGAACUUCUUGGAUAGCUUAGAUACGCCUGGUUGCCCGGAUGGAAAGGUCACAAGACAAGAAUUUUUGAAUUACUACGCGGGUGUCAGCGCCACGAUCGAUGAUGAUUGUUACUUUGACCUUAUGAUGAGAUCGUGCUAUGGCCUACGCCCGCGUGGUUCAUCACUGAAAUAAAACCGGGAGAUUUAUAAUCAACGAGAACAAAAAAAAUAAACUUGAUCAAAAACUGAAUUAACAACACAAUAUCAAAAUAGGUUUUAUAUUUUUAUUUAAGAAAUCAUGUAUAAUGGAUUAAUUUAACCCACAAUGUUGUACAUUCCCACAAAAUGGUCAAUAAUAUAAUAACAUCGUUUUUGUGUCCUAUAAAAAAACGACCAUGAUCGAUUUGACCUUUAAGCAGAACGUGAUAUUGUUUUAUAUCUGCCAUCGAUUUUUUUUUUAUAAAUUCAUGUUCUUUAUGUCAAGUUUCUAUCUAUCUUACCCUGAUUAAGUAAACUUCAAUUUAUUAAGAAUCUGUCAGGAUUCUUCGCUGAUAUAAUUACUCCAUUUCAUUUAUCCACUUUUAACAAUACCCCAUUGAAGCUCCUUGAAAUCGGAAGUUUCUCGUAAAUCAAAUUAAGAGCUAAAAUGCAAAUUGUCCGUCAGUAGAUGGAUAAAUAAAAGAUAUCAAGUGUCAUUCGACUUUUAAUUUCCCUCCUGGCACACUGCACAACAUAUGUCUGUAUUCAAUAGUCCGGACGUCGAAUUACGAGUUAGACGUUCAAUCCCCCAUUGAAUUCUAUUUAUACAUGAAAGAUAAUGGCUACGUUUCUUACUGUUACGUUCAAAUACUGAGAAUGAACUACGAUCGCAGCUUUACGUUGAAACGUUGUGUCGUUGGAUUAUUUAUUGAGAGCUAAUGGCUUUUCAUUUUUAUUUUAACAAUGAUAUCCCGCUCAAUAAUUUUGAGAGCAUAAUUUUGUCAUUUAAGAAUGUGGUGGAUUAUAGAGCCUGCGCAAAAUGCAAUUUUAUCGGCUAUCUACUUAAUGUCAUAUAAAUCAUAAAUCGUUGACGUAGGCGUCUGUAGUCCAUUAUCAAAAUCAGAUUUUUUUCUUAAAUACUUACAAAUAAAAGUGGAGAAAAUGAUAGGAAAUUAAUAUGUUAGUUAAAGCAUGGAUUGUAUUAUAAGGUCCAUGGUUAAAGGGGGUCCUUCCAGUAAUUAUUGACAACAGAUUGUUGUUAUCUGGCUAGAUUUGCAAUAUUUCAAGUUAAAUUGUGUGUAGGGCGGGUACUAGUGUUUUAACAUAUAGAACUUUUUAUUUAAAUAAAAGGAGCAUUAUGUAAGAUUUCGAUAAUUUUGACAAGAUGGUCUCAAUUGUCAAGUACCAUUGCUACGAUAAUAAAUUAAGUCGCGAUUAUCUUUAUUAUCGUUAAUCCGAAGAUCUAGAUAUAUGAUUAUGGGCUUGACAUGUAAAAAAAUGUCUAAAUAAUAAUUUAUAUAAUUUUUGAAGCUAGAAAAAAAAUCGCCAUGCAAUAGGCAGAUUUAACACUUACAUAAUGCAUCUUUAACACUUUGUUUUCUUUUAUCACUUGUAAUAAUUGUAAUAUGUAAAGAUACAUUAUGGGAGAUUAGAUAAAGAGCUGGCAGUUUCCACUAUAAUAGUUAAAAUCUAGAUAAUCUAAAGGGAAUUUGCUGAAAAUUUUAGUGAAAUUGAUCCACUCUGCACCGAGAAUUUAGCGAUUGAAUUUUGGGCCUAACCUCGAUCAUCAUUACUAAAGUCGGUACGAUAAAAUACAUAGUCUCGAUUAUCCAUUUCUUGAUUUACUCAUGAAUGGACGUAGAGCAGCAGAUUGGAUCCUAAUCCAGUAAAUAUCGCAGGCUAGCGAUGACAUCGAGAGUUGAUUAUGGUCUGGAUAAAUUAAUUAAUAUCUAAUUAAUAAUUUAGAUAACAUUUCAGGCCCAAAGAAAGACCUCCAAUAGGCAGAUUUAGCUCUUGCAUAAUGUAUGUUUAAAGAUAUUAAAAUGAAAAUCGCCAUUUAAGCACCGAAGGAUAAAUUAAAUUAAAUGGUUUUAUUUUAGAGUGACAAUUUGGUGCCUUUAUUAUGAAUUAAUAGGCAACUUAAUGGAAAUAAAAUAAUGAUAUUUUGUUUCCAGACAAAUUAUAACGUUCCAGAAGAUUCGUUGAUUUAAACUGUAUAAUAAUUGUAUAUUUUAAUUUGAAUCUUUAUAUGUGUUUAACAUGAUUAGCUUUAUAAAAUUAAAUACUUAAAUCAUAA